CUACCCUCGUGUCUUUCAAAUCUUUUCCCCAUUGUAAGUUUAUAACAUUCAACGCAAAUUUAAAAAUUUCUGCUUGCUUCUACAAAUUCAACGAUCCAUCAUACAGAUUAUAUAACACACAAACAGAGAAAUACGAAGAUAUAUAAUUACUAAUGGCGACGGAUCGGUUCAUUGUUGAGGUUGAGAAGGGAAAAGAAGGCGUAGAUGGAGGAAGUCCGUCGGUCGGCUCGGUUUACCGGAGUAUCUACGCCAAAGACGGUUUUCCUGAACCUGCCGAUGAUCUCCUCAGUUGCUGGGAUAUUUUCCGCUUAUCUGCGGAGAAAUCUCCAGAUAAUCCUAUGCUUGGUCGUAGAGAAAUUGUUGAUGGAAAAGCAGGGAAAUAUGUGUGGCAAACUUACAAAGAAGUAUAUGAUAUAGUGAUCAAGCUUGGAAACUCUAUCCGGACUAUUGGAGUUGGAAAAGGAGAGAAAUGUGGUAUUUAUGGCGCCAAUAGUCCUGAAUGGAUUAUAAGCAUGGAGGCUUGCAACGCUCAUGGACUCUACUGUGUACCUCUGUAUGACACUCUUGGUGCUGGAGCAAUAGAAUUCAUCAUUUGUCAUGCUGAGGUUUCACUUACUUUUUCUGAGGAGAAAAAGAUUUCUGAGUUAUUGAAGACAGCUCCAAAUUCAACAAAAUAUUUGAAGAAUAUUGUGAGCUUUGGGGAGGUUUCAAAUGUGCAAAGAGCAGAAGCUGAGAGGCACGGAUUAUCUAUAUAUUCAUGGGACCAAUUCUUGAAGCUUGGUGAGGGUAAACAUUAUGAGUUACCAGAGAAGAAAAGAAGCGACAUUUGCACUAUAAUGUAUACAAGUGGCACAACUGGUGAUCCUAAAGGAGUCUUGCUCACAAAUGAGAGCAUUAUUUAUCUACUUGAAGGUGUUAAAAAGUUGCUUAAAACUAUCAAUGAAGAGUUAACCAGUAAAGAUGUUUACCUCUCAUAUCUACCUCUGGCUCAUAUCUUCGAUCGCGUGAUUGAGGAGUUAUUUAUAUAUGAAGCAGCCUCCAUAGGUUUUUGGAGAGGGGAUGUUAAGAUUUUAGUUGAAGACAUUGCUGCUUUGAAACCGACUAUUUUCUGCGCUGUUCCUCGCGUGCUUGAGAGGAUAUACAACGGUCUUCAGCAGAAACUUUCUGAUGGUGGUUUCUUAAAGAAGACCUUAUUUAACUUUGCCUUCAACUACAAACAUAAUAACAUGGUGAAAGGGAAAGCUCAUGAACAAGCAGCUCCAAUCUUUGACAAAAUUGUAUUUAAGAAGGUAAAAGAAGGAUUAGGAGGAAGAGUGCGUCUAAUCCUCUCAGGAGCAGCUCCUCUUGCAGCUCACAUCGAAUCUUUCCUUAGAGUUGUCGCAUGUGCUCAUGUUCUCCAAGGAUACGGUCUAACGGAGAGCUGUGGUGGGACAUUUGUAUCGAUUCCAAAUGAGCUUCAAAUGCUUGGAACGGUUGGUCCACCGGUUCCAAACGUUGACAUAAGGCUCGAGUCAGUUCCAGAGAUGGGUUACGACGCUCUUGCUAGCAAGCCACGUGGAGAGAUUUGCAUAAGAGGAAAGACUUUGUUCUCUGGAUAUUACAAACGUGAAGAUCUCACUCAAGAAGUCUUCAUUGAUGGAUGGCUUCACACUGGAGAUGUUGGUGAGUGGCAACCUGAUGGAGCCAUGAAAAUCAUCGACAGAAAGAAGAACAUCUUUAAACUCUCCCAAGGAGAAUACGUUGCGGUUGAGAACUUGGAGAACAUUUACAGCCACGUAGCUGCCAUUGAAUCGAUAUGGGUAUAUGGAAACAGCUAUGAGUCUUACUUAGUGGCAGUGGUCUGUCCAAGCAAGAUACAGAUCGAACAUUGGGCUAAAGAACAUAACGUUUCAGGAGACUUUGAGACUAUCUGUCAAAACCAAAAGACCAAAGAGUUUAUCCUUGGAGAGUUCAACAGAGUAGCCAAAGACAAAAAGCUAAAGGGAUUUGAGCUGAUAAAAGGUGUUCACUUGGACACAGUUCCAUUCGACAUGGAAAGAGAUCUCAUCACACCUUCUUACAAGAAGAAAAGGCCUCAGCUUCUCAAGUACUAUCAGAAAGAGAUUGAUGAAAUGUAUAACAAGACAAAGAACUGAAGCUUUUUAUACUAGUGUGGAGCCUGUGAGAAGAAGGAAGGUGUUGGAAAAGUCUCAGGUUGUAUAUUUCUCUGUUCGUUGUGAAUCAUAUUGUUAUAUGUCUCUGUGUUUUGUUACCAUCGAAGUUGCUCGUGUCCUAAGCAAAAAAAUACAUCAUAAAGUUAUAUGUCUCUGUGUUUUGCUACCUUCUUUGUACUGACCAUACUCUCUCCUCGUAUUUUGUGUAUUUGUAUUCUAUGUUGUGAUAAAAUUCUCUCUAUUUUUA